GUGUUAUAAUUGACACGUUUACUCGUGUUGCUGAAAGGCCCAUCAGAUUUCGAAAAUCCUAUUUACCAAUAACUUCUGAGGAAUGAGUAACAUAUCGGAAGUGUUUGAUGACAUUUUUUCAAACUGUGAUGUUCUUAUUUCUAGUUUACAAAAAGAAAAAGAUUCUUCUUUGCAGCCAUAUGAACAUAGUUUACAGGAAUUUCAUUCAAAUUUAGCAUCAUUUUCCAAAGUCUUAUCCCAUGAAGCUACAAAAUUUGCUAUUGCUCACAGUAGCCCACCUUUUCCAGAUGUGUCAACAACAAAAAGUUUAGCUGGAAGUUUGUGUAAUGCAACAAGUCAAUUAGUAGGAUGCUAUCUUUUGUUACCCUACAACUGUGGGUCAACAUUUCUUCAAGUUAUAGAGAAAGAGUUGGAAUCCUUGCUUUUGGGUCUAAAGCAGUUUGUAGAAGCAAUUCAGAAUUUAAUUCUUAAAAAUGAUACUCUGCAGCCCUGUCUUGUAUCUACUGGGAUUCUCUGGGAAUUUUGUGACAGACUGCCAACCUUGCCCCAAAACAAUAAAGAAGCAGUAUUGGCUGUGCUAAGUAGAGAAGAAGAAUUAAUAAAUGAUGCAAUCGAAGAACUAGAACAAGCUGUGGAUGCUUCAACCAAUGAUGAAAUCGAUUCCGACGAUGAAACCGUGAUUCAUGGGGUUGGACAAGAACUACAGCCGUCAGUCAGAGGUCUUGUAAAAACUGCAGCCGCGCUGAUACGAAAAACGAAAAAAGUGGUCAACAAUUUCAAUGGUAUCGACCAAAACAGACUAGAUCCUGUAGUCGAAAGCGUUUCUAGCAUGAGUACGGAAGUUGACGACCUAAUCUGUUCCCUCUAUGCUCCCGUAAACCUGAUACUAGCUGUUGGACAUGGCAACAAGCUCUCAUCUAAAGUGGACAAUCUUUUGAAAACUGUUCAGGGUAUAGCGUGCGAGGAUGAUAAAGCCUGGAUCGAAUUGUUGUCUAAAGCUGUUCAACAUAACUUCCAAAAUUUGCAAAGCAAAGCAGCAUCGGGGUAAUAUUUGAUAUUUUUUUAGUACUCGGCGGUUUUUAGCUGAAAAAAUUAACGGUGGCCGCAACCAUCUACAA